AUGAAGAGAAUUGUGGCACUUUGUGACUAUCUUUGGGCCUGGGGCCUCCUUUUGAAUGCACUGACUGGAAGAAGCUAUGGACAAACUUCAUUACAAGAUGAAAUUAAAGACAACACUACCAUAUUUACCAGAAUACUGGACCGUCUGCUAGAUGGCUAUGAUAACCGCCUGAGACCAGGAUUGGGAGAGCGUGUAACUGAAGUGAAGACUGACAUCUUCGUCACCAGUUUUGGGCCUGUUUCAGAUCAUGAUAUGGAAUAUACAAUAGAUGUAUUUUUUCGUCAAAGCUGGAGAGAUGAGAGACUAAAAUUUAAAGGACCCAUGACAGUUCUCCGGCUGAAUAAUUUAAUGGCCAGCAAGAUUUGGACACCUGACACCUUUUUCCACAAUGGAAAGAAGUCUGUGGCUCACAAUAUGACAAUGCCUAACAAACUAUUACGUAUUACAGAAGAUGGGACACUGCUGUAUACAAUGAGGCUGACAGUGAGAGCAGAAUGUCCAAUGCAUUUAGAAGACUUUCCUAUGGAUGCACAUGCCUGCCCCUUGAAAUUUGGAAGCUAUGCCUAUACCAGGGCAGAAGUGGUGUAUGAAUGGACACGAGAACCAGCAAAAUCUGUGGUUGUGGCUGAUGACGGUUCUCGAUUGAACCAAUAUGACCUCCUGGGGCAAACUGUGGACUCUGGAAUUGUACAGUCCAGUACAGGAGAAUAUGUUGUUAUGACUACCCACUUCCAUUUAAAGAGAAAGAUUGGUUAUUUUGUCAUUCAGACUUAUCUACCAUGCAUCAUGACAGUGAUUUUGUCCCAGGUCUCCUUCUGGCUUAACAGAGAAUCUGUUCCAGCAAGAACUGUAUUUGGAGUGACAACUGUCCUGACAAUGACAACCUUGAGUAUCAGCGCAAGGAAUUCCCUUCCAAAGGUAGCCUAUGCCACUGCUAUGGAUUGGUUUAUAGCAGUGUGCUAUGCAUUUGUGUUUUCAGCCCUCAUUGAAUUUGCAACAGUGAACUACUUCACAAAGAGAGGUUAUGCAUGGGAUGGCAAAAGUGUUGUUCCUGAAAAGCCAAAGAAAGGGAAGGAUCCUCUCAUUAAGAAAAACAACACAUAUACAGCAGCAGCAACAAGUUAUACCCCUAACAUUGCAAGGGACCCUGGACUGGCUACCAUUGCUAAAAGCGCAACAAUAGAGCCCAAAGAAAUUAAACCAGAAACAAAACCUGCAGAACCGAAGAAAACUUUUAACAGUGUCAGCAAAAUUGAUCGACUAUCAAGAAUAGCUUUCCCAUUGCUCUUUGGUAUCUUUAAUUUAGUCUACUGGGCCACUUAUUUAAACAGGGAGCCCCAGCUAGCCCCGACUCCUCAUCAAUAA